CGCCAGCCGGCUCAGGCCCAGCCCCACCUUGCAGGCAGACGGCCGAGCUGACCAAGGGCUUUGGCCGAGCCGGCGCUGGGCUGCGGCGUCCGGAAGCGGAAGAAGCCCGUCUAGGAAACCGCGGUGUGCGUCGUGCUGAGGCUGGCGCGAGAGGCUCAAUUUCAGGUCGGCAGAACUCAAACUCGCCGCCCGCGGGCUGCGUCGCGCUGCGGACGCUGGGCUCGGCUCCUCUCGCAGCUGGGAGGAGUUGAGGCUGCGAGUUGGCGAACCUCACUCACCUGUCGGAACCUGGCUCCGGACAGGGAGCUGGGCUUGGCGGCCCCUCGGCCCACCGUCUUCCCCGCGCCGGGACGCCACGGCCAGGGAGAAAGGUGUGGGGGCCGCUCCCCGAAACUCGAGACGCCUGGGCUCCGCGCCCCAGCUCCCUGCUCACCUCUUUCGCCCCCAGGCGCCCUCGGCUUGGCGUGCCCCGAAGGCCAGCUUGGGCAGACGCCAAGGCUGCGGGUUCGAGAAGCUCCGCCUCCUUCUGCCACUUAGAACCACGGGGGCCUCCAGGAACUUUUCCAUUCGGUCUUAGGCGGCGAUCACUGCUGAGGUUUUCAGAACUUUGUAGGAAAGGGCUAGCCAAGGACCUCUGCCUCCAUCCCACGCCUUGCCUGCCACCUGCCUGGGACACCGCCAGGCCGGGAGUUCCCGCUCCCCACCGCCCCCGGCAGCGACGCCCCAACUUCUCACGAGCGGUCUGCGCUCCCUGUCACGCUCCUGUGCCAAGGGCCGCGCUGAUCUUCCGGGGGCCGGCAACGCUGUCUCCCCCGGUUCGCCCUCCUCCUCCCCUGAGCGAGCUUGGGGCUGGGUGAGCCCAGAGCUGCGGUGCACUUGAGCUUUCCCAGAGCUCCAAAUUCGCUCCCGCCCCGGAGCCGACCCUUCGAGGAGGGAUUGAGCCCUAGUGGUCCCGGCCUUAUACUCCGAAACUCGAGUCGGCCCCCCAGUCUUUUCCCACCGACCUCGGGUGCUGUCGCGGACCGGCUGGGAGAGCGGCCGGCGGAGCGUCCGGGCCCUGGAAACGGCGUAGCCCGUCGGGGGCUGCGCGCACCAUGGCCGGCUGCUGCUGCCUGUCCGCGGAGGAGAAGGAGUCGCAGCGCAUCAGCGCCGAGAUCGAGCGGCAGCUUCGCCGGGACAAGAAGGACGCGCGCCGCGAGCUCAAGCUGCUGCUGCUGGGAACUGGAGAAAGUGGCAAAAGCACCUUUAUCAAGCAAAUGAGAAUCAUCCAUGGGUCUGGUUACAGCGACGAAGACAGAAAGGGGUUCACGAAGCUAGUUUAUCAAAACAUAUUCACCGCCAUGCAAGCCAUGAUCAGAGCCAUGGAUACCCUGAGGAUACAGUACGUGUGUGAACAGAAUAAGGAAAAUGCCCAGCUGAUCAGAGAAGUGGAUGUAGACAAGGUCUCCGCUCUCUCCAGGGACCAGGUGGAGGCCAUCAAGCAGCUCUGGCAGGACCCGGGAAUCCAGGAAUGUUAUGACAGGAGGAGGGAAUACCAGCUGUCAGACUCUGCCAGAUAUUACCUGACGGACAUUGACCGGAUCGCCAUACCAUCGUUCGUGCCAACGCAGCAAGACGUGCUUCGUGUCCGAGUGCCCACAACCGGCAUCAUUGAGUACCCAUUUGAUUUGGAAAACAUCAUCUUUCGGAUGGUGGAUGUUGGUGGCCAACGAUCUGAAAGACGGAAAUGGAUUCACUGCUUUGAGAGUGUCACCUCCAUUAUUUUUUUGGUUGCUCUGAGUGAAUACGACCAGGUCCUCGCUGAGUGUGACAAUGAGAACCGCAUGGAGGAAAGCAAAGCCUUAUUUAAAACCAUCAUCACCUACCCCUGGUUUCUGAACUCAUCGGUGAUUUUGUUUUUAAACAAGAAGGAUCUUUUGGAAGAGAAAAUCAUGUACUCUCAUCUAAUUAGCUAUUUCCCAGAAUACACCGGACCAAAGCAAGAUGUCAAAGCUGCCAGAGACUUUAUCCUGAAGCUCUAUCAAGAUCAGAAUCCCGACAAAGAGAAAGUCAUCUAUUCCCACUUCACAUGCGCUACAGACACAGAGAAUAUCCGCUUCGUGUUUGCUGCUGUGAAAGACACAAUUCUACAACUAAACCUGAGGGAAUUCAACCUAGUUUGAAAGCUGCUGCCCACUCCUUACCCAGGCCAGCAAACCGGAUUUGCAAGCUCCUCGUGUUUUUAUUUGUAAGUGCUUCUGACCUCACCCGGCCCAGCCCAGAGGGGGCACCAAGUCCAUCACGCAGGCCACAGGGAUGGGGAUGGGUGAUGGAGCUUGUAAGAUAUUUGAGUUUAGCGAAACUUUUUCAAAGUCUUUAUUCCCAAAUUGCUUUUACAUUUCUUUUCUUGACUUUAGGCUGUAAGAUUUUUGUGUAAUUUUUGAAGUUGAUAUUUUAUAGAAUUUUUAAGAACCACUGUGAUUUACGAUUUUGUUUUUUUUAGUUGAAGUGUGUGUAAGAAUAGCUGUUAAAAAAAAAUCACAUAACAGAGGACUCAAUUUAUAGGUCAUGCUUUGAGACCUCUAGGAUUAUCCUUUUUUUAACUAAAUCUUGUAAUUGAGUGUUUUUCUCUCUUCAUGCUGAAGUAUACCUUUAACAGGCAAGCAGAGAUAUUUUUUUAAAAACAGAUGGUUCUUCUUUGUGUUAACUUUCUAAGUCAAAUUAAUGACAAUAUCAGUACCUCUAAUUUAGUUUUGCCACAAUUUGAUCACUAUGGAACCAAAGCUGACAUAAGAAGAUAAAUGGGCUCUAGAUAGUAUAUAUGUUGUAUUGGUGGAAAAUGUGUGUGUGUGUGUGUGUGUAAAAAUUCCAGUGUAAAUGAGCAGGUCUUAUAAACUUAUGAAAUAAGUUUAAAAACCCAACCUGUUUAACAAAUGUAAUGUAAGCCCUGCCAAAGGUCUGAUGCCCACCACAGAUUUGCUGUUUGACCCAUGUGUGCUGUGCCUUUCUGAGGCAGCUAAGAAUAUACCAUUUUUCCAUUA